GUUUGGACUGUUUACAUUCCUUAGGUCACAUCGCGCCUCAUUUCAUCCCACAUCUCGUACACAUGUAAUCAUGGCCACACCUGGACGGGAAAAUGGAACGCCGCUUUUCGACAGGGAUUCCAUUAUGAGAGACCUUGAAGAGAAAGGCUACGCGGUUGUGCCCGGUGUUAUUUCCUCCGACGAAUGUGACGAUCUGGUCGGCCAGAUACGACAAUGGUUGGACAAGUUUGUUGAUGAUUCGCCGAUAGACAGACACAUAUCCCUCCUACAACAAUACAGAGUAUCGGCCUCGCCUGUGGCAUGGGAAGUUCGCCUCAAGGCCAAACCUGUAUUCGCCAAAAUCUGGGGAACAGAGAAACUGUUAUCGAGCAUGGACGGAAUGGCCAUUGGGGAACCCCCGGAACUUGGAGAUACUGCAUUCAACAAAAAAGGUGAAAAUUGGUUUCAUUUUGACCAGGGGAGCUGGCGACUAGGAUUGCAUGCAUUCCAAGGGGCAGUGUAUUUGGAGGAAACUACAGAAGAAGAUUACUGCUUUCGUGUCAUCGAGGGGUCGUGCAAAGUUCAUAGAGAAUUCCUGAACACAUUCAAAGAGGCAGAAGAAACAUCCGCUGGUGAAGACUUUUAUGAUCUUAAACCGGAGUAUGUCGAAUGGUACAAAAAUAAAGGACUGAAAGAGAAAAAGGUCCCAGUUCCUAAAGGAGGCAUGGUUAUUUGGGAUUCCAGAACAGUCCAUGAUAACGUCAAACCGGAAAAAGGUCGUAAACAUUCCGACAGAUGGCGCUUCGUCACCUUUGUCUGUAUGACUCCAGCAAAUUGGGCUGGAAAGAAAGAUUUAGAAUUAAAGAAAGAGGCAUUCGAGAAGAUGGUGGCUACUGCUCACUGGCCAUCACAAGGAGUAUGGCUAUUCGCGAGUACUUCCGAAUGCAGUAAGACCAAACAUAGAAGUCAGAUAGAAAUGAUUAAUGAAAUACCGGAAAUUGCUAAAACGAAGGAAGUCCGGCUCCUUGCUGGUCUUGACGAAUAUGACUUCGAAGAUGGACAGCCCAGUGACCUAGGGUGGCAACCGGAGUGGUCAGAAAAUGCUAAUCAACAGGUCAGAAGUAGUGCGGCAUUUAGUUAGGACACUGCGAUAAGUUAACAAUCACAGAGGCCAGGCACGAUUUUAAACCAUAUACAAUGUAUGCACUUCCCAGAGCUAACAAAGAAUUUAUAUAAAGUGUGAAUAUGUAUGGCGAAGAUUUGUCGUUACGAUUAUAAGCAGUUUGGUAUUUGCUUUUCCCUUUAAUUCCCUCCUAAUGGGUUGACAUAAAAAUGUUAUAAUUUCA